AUGAACACAACAAAAUACUAUGUAUUUAUUGUAGGCAAUGGUUAUGUUGGCUUAUCUCUGUCAACACAAUCUCAUAUUCAAUUAAUAUCUGAUCCUGGUACUCCUUUUAUUUCUAGUGGCUAUUCUCCUAUUAUUAAAAUCUCAUCUAAAGCAUGGGAAGAUUCAAGUUCAACAAUUAUUCAAAUGAAUCAAGGUCUUGUAAAACGUUUACAAUGUUUUAAAAUAAGUGAAGAACGUUCAGCAUAUGUAACUCAUAUGUUAUAUGCACAUCGACGUCGUCCAUCAUUAAUUAUUCAAGAUAUUGAUAUUAUAAAUCCAAGUGAUCAAACAUUAGAUCUUGAUUUUCAACAAAAAAUACAAACAUCAGGAAAUGAUAUCAAACAACUUGAUACACAAGAAUUUUCAAUUGAUCCAUCCAAAGAUACAUAUCUAAUGACAACAUAUCAAAUGAAAGCUCGACAACAUAAUUCAAUUAUUUUUGUUAUCAUAACUAAUAAAAUAAACCCAAGUACUCAUAUUAAACCUGAUCGUCAAAGUAAACAAACAAUUUUAACUGUAGUUAAAUAUUCACCAUUGAUUCAGUUGGAUUCGUUACUUAAUAAAACAUAUUCUACACAAUGGCAAAAUACUUUACAAAAACAAGCAAAAGAUGAUCUAUCGGAAGCAUUAUCAAUAUCAUUUAACAAAUUAUUAAAAGAACAUAUAGAUACAUGGUCAUCAAUAUGGCAAAGUGGAUUUUCAAUAAGUCGUUCAUUAGCACCAUCAGUUAUGAAUGGUGAUAUUAUUAAUCGAACAAUUUAUUAUGUUUUAUGUUCAACAUCUUCACCUCUUUAUGACUUAAAUUUAAGUGAAACAAAAAAGAAUGAAUUUAGUCAAAGUCUUUUUCAAAUUGAUCGAUGUUAUGAAAGUCAUUCAACAUUAAUUGGUGGUCAAUUAUGGCGAUCACCAGGUGAUGAUUUAGCUGUCUACCAAUUAUCUAAUCUUUGGCGUUCAACAUUAUUAAAACAAGGUUGUUCGACUUUAAUGCUUAGUGGUGUUAAUGGUAUUCUUCAAUCAAUGUUACUUUCAAUUGGUGGUAUACGUUUUCGUAAUCAUCAUCUUGAAAUGAAUUUAGAUCCAAAUGAACUUCAUCGUGAUAUGUUUUUUCGUUUAAUUCAUUUUGGUAAACAAUAUUUAUUAAAUAUAAGUAUUACAGUUGGACAUGAUAAUCGUGCUAUUAUUGAAGUAUCAAUUGAUAAUGACAAUGGUCAAGCAUAUGCAUGUGAUGCUGGUUGUUUAGAUACACCAAAAAAACUUAGUACAAAAUUUGUUCAAUUUCCUGUUAAAAUGACAAGUCCAUCAACUGCAAUACUUUAUGUUACUGAAGAUUUUGAAUAUAUGACACAAUUACAGCAUACAUUACAUAUAAAAAAAAUUGAAAUAGCACCUCCUCAUGCACAUGACAUUCUUGCUUUACAUCGACAUGGUCAUAAACUUGGUGGUUUGCCAGUCAUUUUUUGGAUAGCAUUAGCAUUCUUAAUAAUUAUAUUUCAUUUAUUUUUACUUAAAAUUGUUCUCAAUGAAAUGGGAUUUUUUAAACCUACGAUAUCAACAUAUACAAGACCACGUGUUCAUUAG